AUGCAGCUUAUGUACGCUAGAUGCUUGAUUGAUCCGUGUGCAGAGGUCUCUUUUGUCACGCAAAGAGUUGUGCAAUGUUUGUCCGCAAAGAUUAAGCCUGUUUCUGUGUCUGUGGUUGGUGUCGGUGCAGGUCCUUCUGCGGUGUCAAAGGGUGAAGUUUUUCUUCAAUUAAGGUCCAGGUUGAACACAGAAUUUUGUUUGGAGUUUUCGGCAUUGGUGUUGAGAGAGGUAACGGGAUUUUUGCCGCGAGAGGAGGUCGUAGUGUCCAAUUGGGAUCACAUCAGGGGCUUGCAGCUUGCCGAUCCAGAUUUUGCUUGCUCAAAGCGGAUAGACUGCGUGCUCAGCGCAGAGGUGUACGCUGCUAUCAUUCGGCCAGGGCUCAGAGUUGGUGCAACUGAUACUCCUGUUGCUCAGGAGACUGUUUUUGGGUGGAUUUUGACGGGUAGAGCGUCUUCUGCUUCUGAGUCUGAUAGAGCUCAGAGCGCUCCGGCCUGUCAUGUGGAAGUAGAGCCAUCAAUUUCGACGUUAUUAGAGAAGUUUUGGGAAAUGGAGGAGAUUUCCACCUCUAAAGUUUUGUCCGAGGAGGAUCAGUAUUGGGAAGAUUAUUUCGCAGAUACUGUUUAUCGGGAUUCCAAGGGCAGAUUUGUCGUUCGCUUGCCAUUCUCUGAGAGGUUGUCAGAGGUUUCUUUUGCACACACGAGGCAGAUUGCUGUGGCAUCUUUGCUCCGCUCAGAGAAGCGUCGAGCGCAGGAUUAUAGGGUAGAUAGUGCCUAUAGGAAAUUCAUGGAGGAGUAUUUGACUUUAGGUCAUAUGGAGCCUGUAAAUAGUUCGCAUCGAAAGGACAAUACGUUCUAUUUUACUCAUCACCCAGUUUACUCGGCUGAGGUGGGGCCGGAAGGCAAAUUUCGUGUGGUUUUUAAUGGUUCCUGUGGAAAAAUAUCGCUGAACGACGUUCUUUUAACGGGUCGCAAAUUGCAGUCGGAUGUCACGAUUAUUAUUUCGAUGUGGAGAUUUUCGAAGAUUGUAUUUACGGCUGAUAUCGUCAAGGAGUUUAGGCAGAUCCUCAUUCACCCAGAUGACGUUGAUUGGCAAAGAAUAGUCUGGCGAUCUGACGUUUCGAAGCAUAUCGAAGAUUAUAGGUUAUUGACGGUUACGUAUGGUACGCGCUCCGCUCCAUACCUCUCAAUUCAAACUCUUCUUCAGCUAGCCAGUGAGGGAAGUGUACAGUUUCCCUUAGCUGCGCAGGUGCUCAGACACAAUAUGUAUCUAGAUGAUGCUUUUGUAGGCGCUGACAAUGAGUCUGAGGCCAUUGAGAUUCGGAAUCAGCUGAUCAAGCUUCUGUCAUCAGCAGGUAUGGAGUUGGGUAAAUGGGCGUCAAACAAUUCGGCUAUCGUGGAGGAUAUCCAGGCGGAAAAGCAGAAAGAGUUCGCUGUCGAAUGGGAUGAGGCAGUUUCUGCUUUCGGCCUAAAAUGGACACCAUUGAGCGAUUCGUUUCGUUUCGAGGUUAAGAUUCCAGUUUCGUCAAAGGUUGUGUCAAAGAGAUCGAUUCUGUCAGAGAUUUCGAGGUUGUUUGAUCCACUUGGUUGGCUGUCAUCUGUAUUAGUCAGGGCCAAACUCAUGCUCCAGGAUUUGUGGAUUAAUGGUAUCGACUGGGACUCACCUCUCACAGGAGAACUUCUAGAUCAGUGGCAAGCGUUGAGGUCUGAUCUUCCUGACUUGGCUCAAUUGCGAAUUCCUCGUUGGUUUGGCUCUUCCUCGCAAACAUCAUGGGAGUUGCAUGAGUUUUCUGACGCAUCUCAGAGAGCAUUCGUCGCUGCAGCUUAUAUGGUAAUACCAGGGCAGAAAUCGGCGUUGAUUAUGUCCAAGACUAAAGUAGCCCCUAUUAAGACGGAGAGUUUACCUCGAUUGGAGUUGUGUGGCUCGGUGUUGCUAGUUAGAUUGUUGAAGCACCUAUUAGAUGGACUUUUAUUGAAGCCUGUAUCAGUGCACUGCUGGGCAGACUCCAAGGUAGUUUUAGAUUGGUUGAAUGGCCACCCAUCGAGAUGA